UUGACGAAAUGCACAUAACAGAUCCAUGGACACUUGUGGAGGAUGAUUCCCUGCAGGUGCAGUACUGCAGGCCUGGCUGGAAGGAGUUUGUGCAGAACUGUGCUCUUGGGAGGUUUGAGUGCUCCCAGUGUUUUCAUAAGUGGUCUUCUGCCAAAGUGCACAUCCUGUUCCACAUGUGCCACUCCCAAGGCUGGGGCACAGUGUGGAUGAGAAUCUUUCGCCAGAAAUGCAGGCGCUGCCCCAACUCCCGGCUGGAAGAUCCUGAGUUCAGCCUGGAGACUGUGGAGACAAUUCUGCACAACCUGGCAAUAAAGAUCCUCCAGUAUUUCUACAAUAAACCUGUCCAGCCCUCUGACCUCCUGGAAGUCGUGGUGGAUACACCGGUGACAGGGCCACACGACCGUGCCCACUGUGAGGCCUGCCAGCUCGGCAACUGCAACAGGUCACAGAGGGCCCCAGCACAGGAUGCCUGGAAACCCGUGAGGGAUGAGGACAAGGCCAGGAUGCACAGCACCGAGUCAUGGCUGGCCUUGGCAUCGGAUGUCUGGAAGUCCUUGACAAAUAUGGGGGAGGCCAGGACCCAUUGCACUGAGUCGUGGUCAUCCCCAGGAUCAGAUGACUGUAAGCCUUUGAUUGGUGUGGGCAAGGCCAGGACCCAUCGCACUGAGUCGUGGUCAUCCCCAGGAUCAGAUGUCUGUAAGCCUUUCGUUGGUGUGGGCAAAGCCAGAACCCAUUGCACUGAGUCGCAGUCAGCCCAAGAAUGGGCUGCCUGGAAUGCAAAUGUGUCCAGGACUUCUCAGCCCCUGAAAGGCCAGGACUUAAGGCCCCAUGCAGCUUCAACCCACCACCCCUCAUCCUCGAACAGCAACUUCUCCUGGAAAUGCUGCUGCAUCGGUGGCUCUUUGCUCUGUGUUUUGGCACUGAUCAUCUUUGUUGUGCUUUAUUUGACCCUGAGGUAGAGAGGCCUGGGGAUCACAAAGAGGAACUGGGGUGAUGGCUAAGGAAGCUGAUGAACUGCCUGGAAAAUUUGGUAUCCAAGGUCAGCCCUUGCUCUUGGCUCAGCAAGCUCCCCAGCUCCUGGUGGCAUGGGAACUCAAUUGGGAUGCCUCAGCCAUGCACCUUGUCCCACAGCCUCUGGAAGACUGGUGGGUCUGAUGGAUUCUUAUGGGACAUAUUCUGUAUGAGGAUGAAUCUCCCAGCUACCCCAUGCACAGGAUGUGGUUUAUUACUUGCAAGAAUAAAACAA